UACUUGUCGUUAACAGCCAUACAAUAGUUUAUGGACACUUUGUUUCUGCAUGCAAUUAUAUAUUUUUUGCAGUCUUUUAUGUGAAAAAUGUCAUUGACACCUGACAUAUGAUAAUUACAACAGAUGCACGAUUUCGGACAUAUAUUUUUGGAUAGUUGAUGAGUUAUUAUGAAGAAAUAUUUCAGAGGAGGAGGAUGAAACCAAAAUUAGCUGAUGUAAUUUGAAAAAAUAGAAACAUCAACGAAAUAACCAAGCUGACAGAAAAUUGCCUUCAAAAAUGGCAACUAUAGAAAAGUUGAUUAAGGCCUUUGAGGCUCUCAGAGUCUUUCAGCCUGCAACUUCUGCAGUGGAAGAAGUUGUUGUGAAAAAGAAGGAUCAACCUUUGAAUAAGAAGGAUAAGAUUCAGAACUGCAAUCUCAUUGCAGACUGUAUAUGUGCUAGUAAUAUGAGGUCAGUGUCAGAUUUCCCAAAAUUUCUUGGAAUUGCCAUAGAAACCUUCUUGAACCUUUGUGAUGAUCCGGAGUCAGAUAUACGAAUGGUGGCUGAUGAAUGUCUCAACAAAUCUAUCAAGACAUUAUUAGAGACAAAUCUAGGUAGAUUACAGGUAGAACUAUAUAAAGAGAUAAAGAAGAAUGGAUCAUCUCGCUGUCUACGUGCUGCACUCUCAAGAUUCUCGGAAAUGGCUCAUCUGAUUAGACCUCAAAAAUGCAGACCUUAUAUAGUGAAUUUAUUGCCAUGUGUGGCUAGAAUAUGUAGACGUGAAGAUGAAGGUAUACAAGAAACUAUGCUGGCAUCUAUGAUGAAAAUCUGUCCAGCUUUAAUGGUGUUUGCCACUGAUACAGAGGUCAAGAUGUUGAUAAAAGCAUUCCUGCCAAACUUGAGUUCAAACCUGGCACCGUGUAGAAGAGCUGCGGCAAAUUGUCUUACAUUAAUCUGUCAGUACUCUAGAAAUCCUCCAACAUUUAUAGAAUUUCUGCUAGUCAGUCUUUUAGAGAUAGUGUUACCAGUAGAGAGGGAGUUAGAGGGACGUGUUUUGGUUGGUGUAAUUAUGUGUAUACGUAAUGUGAUCCCCCUGUUGUCUGGAAAUAGUCUCGAAGGUCAGGGACUAAAAGGAAGCUUUGGUGAGACAAAACAACAGAAGACAGAAACUGUGUCAACUGAACAAAUCAUUACUGUUUACCAGUUGCUUGUUUACCAUUUGAGUCAUUCCGAUCAUAAUAUUGUGAAUUCUUGUCUCGAAGCCUUACAACAAUUAUUACGUACCCCACCCACUAGUUUGAAAACAGUACUGACAAGAGAUGGAGGAAUCAAGGAAACAUUUAUAUACAAGAAAGAUAUGAAAUCUCACACCAAUGUUCUUGCUGAAGUUCCCUCAACCAGUCAGUUGUCAGUUACAUCAGAAGAUACUGGAUUGGAUGAGGAAUCAGAGUCAUGUGACAUAAAGAGCCAAUCAGGAGUGUCAGACACAGCUUCAUCUGCAUAUUCUUCAGAAAUAAACCAAUCAGAAUCAGUGUUACAUGAACAAAGUUCUGCAGAUUCAGAUACAGUUAAAGGAAGCCCUGAAAGUGUUGAAUCAGAGAAUGAUUUAGGUGUUGUGAUAACUUGUGAUUCAGAUUACUCUAAUGUUGAAAUAGGCGAUAUACAAGAUGACAAAUCAGAACAAUCUGUUUUAUCAAAUGUUAAUACAGGGAGUAGAGAAACUCUUCUUAGUAUAAAGAGUCUAAGUCCAACCCAUAAUAAGAUUGAGGGCAGAUUGGAGAUAAUAGGACAAGACAUGAAUGGUAAUCCUGAGAUUGUUGAACCAGAGAUAAACGAACCUGUGCCUGCAGUAGUAACAGAAAGUGUGGAGAAUAUUCUAGAUAAGAUUGGGUCAGAGACGGAGGGUGUACCUCUUGUUUACUGUAUGAGGGUAAUCUGUGGUAGGUUCUUACUAUCAGGCAAACCAGGAGAAUUGAUGUCAGACAGGAGGGUAAGGGUCAGUGUUAAAAGUUUGGCACUUGGUAAUGUGGCAAGUGCAGUCAAGCUGGCCCCAUCAUUGUUCCUUCAGAAGUUACAAAAAACACAAGGUGCAGAGGCAAGUGCAAUAAUACGUGAUAUAGUUCUGUAUGCAAGUCAUCCUGACCCUCAGUUAAAGGGUAACUGUAGCAUCAUAAUUGGUAAUCUUAUAGCUGCAAUCCUCACAGAGGGAAGGGGCAACUUUGAUAAAUGGGUCAAACUACACACUGAUAAAACAGGAGAUUUAUGUUUGUCGAGCCUGGUAGAGACAUUAUUGUUUAUAACAGAAGAUUCCUCAUCUGUGGCAGCAAGGCUUGCUGUGUCUGCCCUAGCAACAUGUCUACCUAAACUUAUACACAGUAACCAUGGUUACCUGGCUAUCAAAGCUUUGCUCAAACUUCUUCAAGUGAAAAAUAACUCAUACUGGCUAGUGAAGGUAGAAGUAAUGGAUCUGGUGAAGAAUUUAGACUUUAUGGUUAUUAGACAUCUAGAGCAUACCUGUGGUGCUGUAAAAGUUGGACACAAACAAUUCCUAGGGCCACUAUCUUUACAAGAUCAUAUAUUGGAGGAAAUAGUGUUAGUGUAUAUAGGAGAUGAGGAUGGUAGAGUGAGGAAAUCUGCUGCUAACACUCUUGUUAGAUUGGUGAAGCAGUUGUUCUAUCCAGUGGAUUACCCUCAUCAAGACCCUAUUAUUGCUGUUACAAGGAAUAACAUUGACAAUUUCCUGGUUCCCACAUUACAUGACUGGUGCCAGCAGCCUCCACCUCCUGUACAGGGAUUGGUCAAACCGUAUCAUGUGACACCUCGACUGGUUGUACAAUCUAAUGUAGAAAGUGUCCUGUCCAGACUGGUCCUAUCUCUCAUGGAAAAACUUAACAUGGCAAAAUCAAAAUAUCUUAUUGCUGGAUGUUGUCAAGCAUUGUGUAUGCUGUCCGAGGUGUAUGAGACUAGUUGUUAUCCACAUGCCUGGGGUUGUGCUGUUCCGGUACCUUUACUUCCUAAAGAAACAACAAGUAAAUAUAGACGACCUCCAACAAGGUCACUGAGUGGAUCUAGUACAUUUAGCCUGGAUGAACUAACCAGCAGUACAGGUGGUGGUCCAUUACCAUUAAUUCUAUCAUUGUUAACCUCCUCAUCUGUGACCCUUGACCUUACCACACAUCAGAUGGUCCUUCAACUUGCAGGAAAUCUUGUUGCUGGGAGUGCUUAUAGAUGUCUUAAGAAUCAAGAUAUUGAUCAUCAAAAAUCAGAUGGCCAAUCAGAGGAGGGGGUGUGGUCAGCUUUAUCCAAUCGUCUGCUAGUACCACUGAUUGAUCACCUUCUUACUCAUGUUGCAAGGAUAUUGAAUGCAUUUGCUCAUGUGAUAGAUGAGCAGCAACCAGGCCCACCACAGAUGAAAACUGCCUUACCUUCACUGCCUACUGCUCCAAGUUUGAGCCCAAUCAAACGUAAGGCUAAAGGGGAGAAAGAGGCAGCUUCAGCACCCAACACCCCCAGCCAGGAUGCUAAAAGCACAGCAAAACCUACACAAAAAGAAAAAGAGAAAGAAGCAGAGAAAGAACGUAGCAAGAAAGAUGGUCUCGGAACUUUUUACACUGUUCCUCAUUAUGUCAAGUUCUAUGAAGUACUGAAAGGAGCAUACUCAAACUAUAAGAUUUCACUGGACCUCUCAGUGACUGACAAGUUUUGUGCGAUGUUAAAGACGAGUCUGUAUGUGUUAUCACAAGUGCUGGAAGUUGCCACCUUGUCCGAUAUUGGCAAAUAUGCUGAGGAAUUUCUCAAUUAUCUCAAGUCAACUAUAACUUUAGAACCUACAGAUACUGUUCUCUGUGUUCAACAGUUACUGAAAGCCUUAUUUGGAACGAACUUAUGUAGUCAAUGGGAAGAACAUCAGGUACAGAACUUGCCUCGUAAACAAGGGAAGACAACUCGACUGUCUGGUAACAAGGACGGUCUGUAUCAGUGCACAUUUACACAACCAUACUCUCAGUUUACACAGGCACUGGCAGCAGCCGCCAUUAAAGCAGUCAGUCCUGAUUAUGAGGACACUACAGGAGUUUUGACCUGGCUUAAGAAAUGUGUUGAGAGAAAAGUUCCUGCUAUCUUAAAACCUAGCAGUAAAGCAGACAAGACUGCCAUUGCUGCUUACAUUCGUCUGUUUGAGCCUUUAGUGAUAAAAGCAUUGAAGCAGUACACGGUGACAAGUUCCUUACCCCUACAGCAACAGGUGCUGGACCUGUUAGCACAGCUGGUACAGUUGAGGGUCAACUAUUGUCUGCUAGACUCUGACCAGGUCUUCAUUGGGUUUGUUAUCAAACAGUUUGAGUAUAUAGAGGAAGGCCAGAUAAGGAGAUCAAAUACACUUGUACCAAACAUAUUUAACUUCCUAGUGAUGUUAUCCUACGAGAAAUUCCACAGUAAACCGGUGAUAACCAUGCCAAAAAUAAUACAGCUCUGUGAUGGUAUCAUGGCCAGUGGCCUUGACCCAACUACUCAUGCAAUACCAGCCCUACAACCUAUUGUACAUGACUUGUUUCUACUGAGGGGAGCCAGUAAGUCUGAUAUCAGUAAAGAAUUAGAGACACAAAGGGAGGUCAUUGUGUCUAUGUUACUCCGACUUAUACAGUAUCACCAGGCUAUAGAGAUGUUUGUGAUAGUAUUACAACAAUGUCACAGGGAGAGUGAGGAGAGAUGGAAACGAUUGUCACGUCAAGUCACUGAUACAGUUCUACCUGCGCUUGCUAAACAACAGAUUGAUUUGAAUGGUCAGGUUGCCCUGGAUGUUGUACACAGAUUGUUUGAAUCAGUGGCUCCUAUUGUGUUCCGACCUGUUGAUAUCCUCCUGAAGACAUUGCUAAUGAAACCAGCAAACAUUAGCAACUGUAAAGGAUUAUCACGUUGGAUGUGCCUUGUUUUGUCUGUAUUACGUGUACUGAUGGCACAGACCAAGGAGGAAGUAGUUCUAUCAAGGAUUCAUGAGCUGGGACUUAAAAUGCAUGUAUUAAAAACGUCUGAUAUAGAGGUGACAGAGAGGGAUAGAGAUGUAGUGGACAGUCUAUCACCAGAGGAAAUAAUGGCAAGAUUUUUCCUGCAGAUUAUUGGUCUUUGUGUUUCAACGAUAAACCAGGAAUCCAUGCAAUCAGGGUCAGGUGAUGGGUCAUGUGACUUUCUGUCUCAACAACUGUCUCAUCUUCUCAUGUACAUCACACACAUGUUCCAGUCUGGUUCAUUUAGAAGGGUAGCAACUGCCUCAGUUCAGCAAACAAGACAAAGGUCACUAUUGUGUUACUAUGACAUCAAAGCGAUCAACCAGGAGUUCUUGUUGCUAGGGGUAACACAGCCGACCUUGACCUUACAAUGGUGUAAUGUUCUGAUCUUACUGAACUUUAGUGAUCAGAGUUUCUGGAGUGAUGUUGUGAAAACACCAAAGAAAUAUAUCAUGGCAUCAUCUUCAAGUUCAGUGGAUGAGAAGACAUUAGAGGAGUUAGGUGACACACAACAAACUGUACAGACACAGAGGUGUUGUAAUGAUGAGAUAUUGAGACGUGGUGGACUUAUUCUCUUCUGUGAUUAUGCUUGUGAGAACCUGAAUGACUCGGAACAUAUGACAUGGGUGUUGAUAAAUCAUGUGAGAGACCUGAUUGAACUGUCAGAGGAGGCUCCUGUACAAGAUUUUAUUGGAGCAAUACACAGGAAUUCUGCUGCGAGCAGUCUAUUUAUACAAGCUAUACAUGCCCGCUGGGAGGAUGUCACUAAACCAUCAUUAGUUAGGAAGACAUUAAAGUGUUUGGAUGCUAUACAUUUCUCACAAAGUGGAGCGUUACUGACACUACUGAUUGACAAGUUUCUCUGCUCUCACCACCUGGCCGUGUCUCGAGCAUGUGACAGUAUAGCUUGUCGCAGGGUAGAGAUGUUGCUAGCUGAAUCCCCACAGGAGAGAGCAAAACAGUUGCCUUUGGAUGACCUUGACAAGUUGCUAAUCUUCAUGAAGAAUAACAAACUGAUUUCAAAACAUGCCCGUCUGCUGUCACUGUUAGGAAAGUUUAGAGAGUCCAUAGCAGACGACACAAAGUCUCCAAUACUAGCUGAAGUUUCACAUUCUCUAAAGUUACCUCCCUUGACAGGGGAUCUUCAACUGGAUAAGGAAAGGUACAUGUAUUUAGUACGAGAACAAUGUUACGCCCAGAAUGGUAGUAGUCGUGAAUGUGCCAGUCUCCUGCAACAUCUAGACUAUGCUGAUAUGUUAGUUAUCAUGAUGACAAAGGAAUUCAACUUGAAUGUUAUGGAAGAAUGUAUUUCCAUUGGUACCCAGCGAACACUUCAUAAAUACAGUAGAGAAGCAGACAUUCCAUCAACUGGGAACCAGUCAGAUGAGUGGAUGCUUGAUCCGUUGUUUCAAGCCUCUCAGCUGACCUUGAUGAGACAUAUAAACAAUAUUGUAAAUAUGUUACCAGUUCCACAUGAAAUUGUCAACUUCUGUGAUGCCAAAGAUGUACACAUGUCGAAAUAUUUAGAAAAAUUAGAGGAUUUUUUCUCGGACAGUUCAUCGUUAGAUAUAGUGUUCACUCUAACUUCUUCUUUGUUACAAUAUUUAGUAUCAAUUUCUGUGUUUCCAUGGAAACCUAAAGUGCCAGCAGAAUCUCAGAAUGAUGUUUGUAGAUUUUGUACAUUUUGUAUGGAGUGUGUAAGCUGGUUGCUAAGCAACAACCACAUUCCAACAGCAGAACAGCUGAGUACCAGUUUGCAAUGUGUGAGAAAAGUUCUGCAGAAUCCACAACUCUGCUCACUCAUUGGUCAAACUGAUCAUGUGACCUGGGUCUGCUCAAUUACCAAAACAGUGUAUCAAAUUGUGUCUACAUUGUGUGUGUUACCAGGACAACAGAUGUGUUUCCAUGUGAGACAUGAGGAUACACCUACCAACUCUCAUAAAGAUGACCUUCAUUAUUUGACUCAAGCCUGUGAUGAAAUAUCAGAACUUGUGCAAUAUGUCCUCAAUCAAUCCAGUCUUUCUGGUGUGAACCAUGGAACAACCAUACUUCCAAACCACCUCUAUAGUCUUAUAUGUUCUCUUGUUAUUGGUCUUUCAAGAACUCCAGUGUUGAAUAGUUUUGCGAGGACACCACCGAUUGUAUGGAAAAUGGGUUGGAUCCCUACACCAAGUGGGGAACCAAAGACAAAGUUACCUCCCCUGCCAAUAGAUCUAAUGUUGGAUAAAGAAGUUCUGAGAGAAUUUGUCAACAGGAUAAGCAUGAUAGGGUGGAUAUCAAGGCAACAGUUUGAGGAGACAUGGAUGUGUUUACUAGGUGUAUUAAAUCCAGUCUCACCAGAACAACAUUUCUCUCCCGAGGAGGAAGUAGAGAGGACUCACUGUAUGGUAUAUGCUGUUAGAGCCAUCACUAACAUGCUUGUACAAACUAUGAUAGUACCAUUCCCAGGAAACCCGACCCAGGGACAGUUUGAUAUACAACCCAGGGAUAAACCACUUGCAUUCCUUCACACAAGGUGUGGUAAAAAGCUGACUGUGAUAAGAGGUGUAGUUGAACAUGAAGUAUUGAGAUUUUCAGCAAACAAUAGAAGAAAUACUGGUCCUGCUGCAGACUCUGUGAAAUAUAUGUUUGAUUCCAACCUUGAGAGAGAUACGUGUAUAGAUGAUUUUACACUUGGCCAGGUAUCUAUAGAGUCUAUCUGGUCAGUUGUUGGUGUUUUAGAGUCUAACAUGUCAGAUAUGUCGGAUACCACAGAUUCUAUAGAUAGUCCCGUCCACCAGGACACGCCUCUUACUAACCUAGCAACGAGUCCUUCUGAAACAACAAUAACCAGGGAUCCGUCAUUAUCAGCUGGAGGUUUAGAUGUGCACUCUUGUCUUCAGUUCCUACUUGACCUGUACAGACAAUGGCUGAUCCCUAACUCCAGCACUAAGCCACCACUUAUGUUGCUCAAUGAAGUGAUUAAAUCAGUUGUUUGUUUAUCUGACCUGUUUGCUGAGAGGGAACAGUUUGACUGGAUGUUAGAUACAAUGUUUGAGGUAUACAAGGCUCACCCUGGAGAAGACGAGAUUUCAUUACAAUAUCUCAAUGUUGGCAUAUGUAAGGCGGCUGCUGUGGUAGGAGUGUUGAUGAAUCACCAAGCACCUGAUAACACAUCAGCAGACAGGCUUAUAAAGAUUAUAGAUAAUGGUUUACGUAGCACCCAUAUACCUAGCAAGGUGUCAUCUCUACACGGGGUACUAUAUCUACUUGAAGCUGGUAUUCCGGAAGUUAGUAAACCACUGGUUCCCCUCAUAACUGAAUUCUUACUGAAAACAUUAACGUCAGUUUCACAACAAUCUGUAUGCAGUCAGAAGUAUCUGUUAACUAUGUGGGCUACAUCAUUUUAUAUCCUAGAGAAUUACAACACUGAUGUCAAGGACACAGAUUUCCCUACACAGAUUUUACAGCUUGCAAUCAGUAUGGCCUCUAGCAGUGAAGAGGGUGUGUCCACCACUGUAUAUCUGGCUAUCCUGAAAGGCUUGGAAAGACUUCUACUCACUGAUGUACUCACAUCCCAAGAUGCUGAAGUCAUUGUCAAACUGAGUGUUGAUAGGUUAAACUAUCGUCUAUUUAGGUUGUGUUUACCCAGCCCUCAGAGAUCUUUGGCUGCCCUAGGCCUUCUGUUUACAUGCAUGUAUUCAGGCAAACAGUAUGAUGGAUAUAGUCCACGUCCGCGGGAACAUGAAACUUUCAACAUGGAGGAACCAACCAAUCUGUUACAGGAUCCGGAGUCACUAAUUCUAGCCAUGGAACGUGUGACUGUACUGUUUGAUAGAAUAAAGAAAGGUUACCCGUAUGAAGCUCGAGUUAUUGGACGAGUGCUACCAGCAUUCCUAGCUGACUUCUUCCCAGCUCAGGAUAUCAUGAACAAAGUGAUAGGGGAGUUCUUGUCAAGCCAGCAACCAUACCCACAGCUUAUUGCUAAAGUUGUCUUUCAGGUGUUUAGUAACCUACAUGAUCAGAGACAGCAUGGUUUACUACGUGACUGGGUGAUGCUCUCAUUAUCUAACUUUACACAAAGAACUCCAGUUUCCAUGGCAAUGUGGUCACUCACUUGUUUCUUCAUCAGUGCUUCAACCAAUCCCUGGCUCAGAAAUCUAUUAUCGUAUGUGUUGACAAGAAUGGGAAAGAUAGAUGUAAUUGACAAGCACCUGUUUUGUUUGGCUGGUCUCGAGUUCUUCUCUCAACUAACAGACGAAACACAGCGUCGUAGUUUCCAGUCAACAUUCCACACAGCUAGCACAAAUAUACAUGACUCUCCAUAUACAGAACUCCUUAACUGUCUACCUAAAUCAUAAUCUCCCAUUACAAUCAUGUGUGUAAAAGAUAAUCUUUAAAAAAAGGUUUUCUCUUUGGAAAAGAAUUUCUAUGAGUUUAACUGAUUCAAAUUUGGAUACAAUAUGAUAUUGUAUGUAUUGGUAUAAAGCUUUCAUUUCUUAUUUCAGUCAAUUAUAGUAAACUAGUUUUAUUUAUGAUUGCCAAUGAAGUGAAAUAUUUAUUUCACAUAAAUGUAGCAUUUACAUGUAGGCUUGAUUUGAUAUAAAUAAGUAAUAGAAAGAGCAUCAAAACACGAGGCUAUCUGAUUUGUACGAGGGGGCAUAGCCCCCGAGUAUUAAUCAGAUUGUCGAGUAUUUUGAUGUUCUUUCUCUUUUGUAUCAUAGUCAAACAUAAAAACAAGUAUCCGGUGGUCACAAUAUGAAACCCCGCAGAAAAUUAACCAAUGGGCGAGCAUCUAAAUAUGAAAUUUCUGUCACUUUCCCUUUUCUCUGCUGUCACAGUAAGUAAACCCCAGCAAAAAUAAGCCAAUCAAUGGGCAUUCUCUAGAGUGCGGGUAACUAAUACCUGCACUCCAGUUAACACACUGUGCAUGUAUAUAAUUUAACUCGGACACAUUUUCAACAGAAAGGUCCCCAAACUAUGAUACAAAUAUAAUUUUGAGACAGGGUAACUGAAUAUUCCUACAGUUAGUUGAACAAUUUAUAUAAUUAUUUAAAUAAAGUUUCACAAUAAGUCACUGUCAUUUUUCACCACAGCAAUUCAUAAUUAUAAUGUGUUCAUUUUUUAUUCAGAAACUGUACUUAAAAAUUCAUAAAUUUUUAUUGAUUUGUGAUCUUAAAAUAAA